UACACGAAGAGCUCAAAACAGAAUAAUUAUUAUUAAGACCAGUCCGCCCAUUUCUUAAAUCCUGAUAACGUUACUGUUUUUUAUCCGCACAUCUCUUUCCCAGUGUUUGUGUGAGUGUAGCGCCGACUGUCGGGAUGCGUUAAGCGAGGACGCGGACCGUAGGGAGCAACGGCUGUAAUGGUGAUGAGUUUAUUUCCAUUGAAAGCUAACGGAGAGAACUUGAGCGUGAGUAAACGGACAUACAUUUAGCGACUGAGUUCAGCUGAAGCAACAGAACUUGUCUUCCUGUUCUAUAUAGAAAAAGUUAUGAAGAAUAUGAUCCGUCAUUGGCAGUCAUCUACGUCUCUACAUUAUAUCAUUGGAUCUCCAGUUUGUUUGCAGCUCUCAUCAGACAUUUGGAUGUCAGAAUUGAAAGUGUAAAAGAGUUAAAUGCCUAUGAGAGGAGACAGCAGAAGAUCCAAGCAGAAGCCACAGUCUUUGUGGUGUCAGGAGGAAUUGUAAGACUUGACUUGGAAGAUAUGGCAGAGCAUGCCGAGCUGCUAGCAGAGAUGUCGACUAUCGGCCGCCUCUCGGCCACUGAGCGCCUGAAGCAUGCACAGAAGAGACGGGCACAGCAGCUGAAAGGCUGGGCUCAGAUGGAGAAGGACAGUACCCGUAGUCAUAAGGGCAACCACAAGGGGGAUGGGGUGAAGAAAAGCAGAAGGGUGACCUUCAACACCAGUGUGACGUUGCUGGAGGCUGCAGCCAGGAAUGACAUAGCGGAGGUACGACAGUUGCUCAAUAAUGGAGUCAGUCCAGACUUGUUCAACGAGGACGGGCUCACUGCACUUCAUCAGAGCUGCAUAGAUGAUUUUUUGGACAUAGCACGCUGUCUUCUGGAUGCGGGUGCAAACGCGAAUGCGUGUGACAGUGAGCUGUGGACCCCUUUACAUGCGGCGGCCACCUGCGGACACACUGACCUCGUCCAGCUGCUGAUAGAAGCGGGUGCAGAUCUGUUGGCAGUGAAUGCAGAUGGAAACAUGCCGUAUGAUCUGUGUGAGGAUGAGGCUACGCUGGAGCUCAUAGAGAUGAUCAUGGCAGAGCAGGGGAUUACUCAGGAGAGAAUUGAUGAAUGUCGCGGAGCCAAGGAGAGAGCAAUGUUGUCUGACCUUCAGGAGCUGGUUGCGAGUGGAGCUGAUCUGAAUGUAAAGGACGAGCAGGGAGCCACUCUGCUGCAUGUAGCAGCUGCUAAUGGAUACAUGUCAGUCGGGGAGCUGUUGCUGGAGCACAGAAUAUCUCCUAACGACAGAGACAAAGAUGGGUGGACGGCACUCCAUGCUGCUGCCUGCUGGGGACAGGUGAUUACUGACACACAAGAGGGUUUAGUGCGUGAAAACAAAAUUGAUCACAUUUACAGUUAUGUGAUGUUAUUGCUGCUGAAAGUGGCUUUUCCAUUCCUGCCAAGGAGCAGGCUUCACAAUUCUUUUUAUUUUGUAGAUGUGUGCACUGAUGAGGAGGUCCGGACCAAAAUGAUGGAGCUGAAACAUAAACACGAUGCCAUCAUGAAGGGUCAGGACAAACACAAGAACACAUUGCAGAGACGAGUGUCCAGCACGGGCAGCAGAGGUAAAGUAGUGAGGCGCACCAGUGUGAACGAGCGCAGCAGUCUGUACCGCAGAGAGCAUCAGAAGGAAGCCAAAGUGUGGCAGGAGAGAGGAAGACAGACAGAGGCCCUGGAUGAUGAUGAAGACAGACAGACUGAUGCUGAACUGAAUCUGCACGCUGCACUGGUGUCUGGCUCUAAUGCAACCCCUGUUCCUCCAUUAGAAGUCAGUGAGGUGGAAAAUGGAGCUCAAGUUUUGGGGAACGGCAGCAUGGCUACGUUUUCUUCCUCACUUCCAGGAGAACCCCAGGGUGUGGGCCGCAUGGAUCGCAGCGCCUCCUAUCAGCUCACUCCAGCUUCAUCUGCUGCUGACGGCGGGGACAGCAUGAGCAGAGAGAGAUCUCACCACACGCUUGCAGAUCUCAAACGCCAGAGAGCAGCAGCUAAACUGCAGAAACAUCCAGCACCUCCUAUACCCCUGUCUGCAGACCCUCAAGGUGAGGUCGUUCCUGAAGGACCCCAGGGACCUCUGGAGCCCCUUGAAUCAGUACAACAGGAAGUGUCCCCCAGUGCAGUGUACUUUACCCAAGCUAGUGGAGAUCCACCUCUGCUGAAGCUGAGAGCACCAGAAGAAGACACAACUAGUACAAAAGAGCCAUGCUGUAGACUCAUGUAGCAGCAGCGGACGAACAUGUUUGCUUUCAUGUGAUUGUGCAGUUCCUGUGGAUAGACUAGAAUUAUAAUGCAGGUACGUGGAAAUGAGUUUCUCUCACAAUGGCACAUAGACAGAGUGAAGACACGUUUUCAACACUAAUAUGAAUAAUUUGAUGAUGGACUAUGUAGCUUUCUGAAUGGAUGAUACAAGAAAUCAGAAAAAAGAAGACCAAAAUGCCCACAUUUAGAUAGUUUUGUGGAUUAAUUGCAUUAUUGCAGUAUUUCAAUCUUUUAAGAUCAUAUAAUUUUAUUUGAAUUAGCUGUUAUGGUCAUUAAAGUUUCAAAGUAUUGACUCAAUUGUUCAAUACAUAGAGAAAAAAAACUGACACGAGCACUUUACUUGACCAAACUUUCAGCAAUCUUUAUAACUUUGAUGGAGAAGAAUACUGAUAUAAAAAAGCACAUAUGAAUGCACUGAUAAAAAUAAAAUUGAAUUUCAUUCACA